AUGGUUCUGGGAGGCUUGUGUUUCUGUGGAGUGUUCAAGAUCACUGGUGCUAGCAUAAGGAUGGACCAGCUGGCGCCGGUCCAGAAGGCAGCGUGCUGUAAAGCCGAGCUGCAGAGACCAGAGACGUCUGCCAGCCCCCAAGGGCCUGCCAGUCACAGCGCUCAGUGCCUCAGGGUGAAGCCGAACUCUGUACCGGAGUUUAAUCUGAGGCCCUGGCAGGUACUUUCCAAAAUUAAUGUGAGCACCGACCCAAAGGAGCAGGAAACAGGAAAUGUGCGCGUUGGAGGGAGGCCGGGGCUCGGCAGCAUCCUGAGCGCAGGCGAGCCAGCUGACAUGACCCUGCUGUGCACUGCCCUGGUCUUGGCCCUGGGACUCGCACUCGGUCACUCUGGCCACGGAAAUGAUGAGGACUGGGAGCACUCAGGACAGGGCGUCAUAGAAGGAGAAAACCCCGAUGAAGGGACCACAAGCGCUUCGGCUGUAGCGACCACAGAAGUGUUAGCCGAAAAUACGAACUCCACCCUCACGGCUGACCCUCCGGGCCAGCUGGAAUUCCUACUGAUGGUGGCCCUCCCCCUGGCCGCACUGGUCAUCCUUGUGUCAAUGGUGCUCGUGGCCGUCUACUUCAAAAGCAAGAGACCUGAACGAGAGCCUUCCAGCCAAGGAUCCCAGAGUGCCCUGCAGACCUGUGAACUGGGAGGUGAAAACCUGAAAGUCCCUAUUUUUGAAGAGGAUACACCCUCCGUGAUGGAAAUAGAAAUGGAGGAGCUUGAUAAAUGGAUGAACAGCAUGAACAGAAAAGCCGACUACGAGUGUUUACCUACUUUGAAGGAAGAAAAGGAGCCAAACCUGGGCCUGAGUGAGAACGAGUCCUAAAUCUGCCUGCUGUUGCUGUUUUCCGAGAGAGCCCGCCUGUCAAGGGAGGACGAAGAGGAGACAAGUUUAAUGAAUUUCAACUCGGUGCAGACCCAGAACUUUUACUGUCUGUCCACCACGCCCCUCCAGACGAUGCUUCCUCUGGACUUGGAGGCAUGUAGUAUUGGAAAGGCCGGGCCGCCU